ACGUCCGCAAUUUAUAUUAAUUUUGGAUUAACCCGUUUGGUGUGAAACGGGGGAUUUAAAGACGGGAUCUUCGGCGGUGGUCCUCUUCGUAUAUAACAUCCCAGACGGAUACUGAAAGAGGCAUGAACUCCCUGCUGUCAUCCACACGCUCCCUCAUGGAGAUGUUUGAUGGGAAGCUGCAAGAGUUUGCCAGCAAUGUGGAGAGUGUCCACAUGGUGUGGCUGGAGGAAAUCCAGCAGGAGGCAAACCGCAUGUUUUCCAGUGACUUUAGCGCUGAACCGGAGUUAAUGCCAAAAACUCCAUCACAGAAGAAAAGCAGCCGCAGGAAACGCGUUUCUAUGGGUCGCGAUGACGCUCACGGCAAGAGACGCUUCUCCAAGGGAAAGCGCACCAACCUGCGGCGCUCCUCGGUGCAGACGCUCCAGCUGAUCGCAGAGGAUCAGGAUGCUGCAGGCGCAGACGCCUCGCCACAGGAGACGCAGCCCAAGCGAAACGCCCGUCGUAACAAGCAGAAGCAGGAAGAGGAGCCGGCAGAGACAGAGUCUCCCGACGACAAGCCCGUCCAGAACUCCUGCCAGGAACAGGAAGAAGGGCUUGCCAAGCCAAGGAAGGCUCUGGUCCAGGCAGAGUCCUGUCCACAGACGCAGAAUCAAGAUGGCACAAAGCAGCAGCCAGAGGUGGUGGCAGCAGUUAGUGGGGAGCCUGCCAGCUCUGUCCCUCCGGCCCCAAGCACUUCCCAUACUACCCCUGAGAAGCUGAUGGAAGCAGUGGUGGAAAUCUCAGCUGCUGAGCGCACCUCCGCCGACCUCCUCCAGAAGGCGGCGUCCCCCUGUUGCCGCACCGCCACCAAGCUAGCCAUCGCCAGGCCCCCGGAGAGCCACGCGGCCGCCCCGAGCUCCCGCCGCUCCUCUGGGCAGCACUCCCUCGUUCUGCGACGCUCCCUCGCGGGCCUGCGGCACAGCAUGACCCGCGAGUCUGUUCGCAGGGCCUCCAGGCGCUCCUUCCUCAAGAUGAAGGCUCGCAUGAACAGCUCUACCUGCAGCAGCAAUGCCAGUGGAGGUGUCUGUGUGGAAAUGGAAGAGAAGGAAGAAGAAACCAUGGAGGGUGUGUUACCAGAGCAUCCAACUGAGACUGAACCAGAUCCUCCACAACCAAAGGAGAAUGCAGUGGAGAAGAAGGACGAGGCCCCCAGUGCUGAGGGUGUACGGCGUUUCACUCGCUCUAUGGCUCAGAACUCCACUCCUACUAAUGCAGGUCCUGCUCCUUUACUCAGAGCAGAGAGAGGGAGCGCAUCAGACUCCAGUUCGGAUGGCAGUGGAAAGAAAAAACCACCAGCGAUGUCUUCUGGUCCAAGGUCCAGCUCCACCAAACGCAGAGCACCCGAGGCUGUAGAGGCAUUGACUACCCCCAAAAAGAAGUCUUCUCUCCCCAAGAGCCAGACUACGGUCAAGCCCAACAUGAAAGCCUUCUUGCAGACCGUACAGAAGAACCAGCUACUGAUGAUGACUCCAGGAUCAGUGGGCCGCAGUGCUAUUGUGAAGUCCUUCAUCAAACACACAACUCCGCUCAGAACAGACCUCAAGCCAGGUGGCGGUUUAGUGGAACGGGAGCGGUUGCGUCUGGAGGCUCUGAAGAAAAAACAGGAGCAAGAGAAUGAAAGAAAGAAGAAAUUGGAGGAAGAGAAGAAGAGAAAGCAGGAGGAGAUGAAAAGGAAGAGGGAUGAGCGCCUGCGAAAGGUGGUAGAGGCACGAGUGAAGGAGGAGCAGAAGGAGGAGGAAAAGAAGAAGAAGAUUGAGCAAAAGAUGGCUCAGAUGGAGGAGAAAAAUGACAAGCUACGUGUGGAGCGCCUGGCAGAGGAGAAGGCUAAGAAGAAAGUGGCCACCAAGCGCCAGGAAGAGCUUGAACAGAGGAGAAAACAAGAGGAAGAGGCCAGGAGAAAGAGGAUUCAACAGGCUGAGGAGGAGGAGAAGAGGCAGCAGGAAUUGCUUGCUAAGAGGCAGGCAGAGGAAGAGCAGGAGCGGGCCCGCAAGCUAGCAGAGGCUCGCCGUGCCAUGGAGCUGAAGAAGGAGCAGGAGAGAGAGAGGGAGCUGGAGCGCGAGAGGGAGCGGGAGAAAGAGCGGCUACGACAAGAGGCAGCCGAAAGGGAGAGAUUAGAGAAAAAGAAGGCCCUGGCACUCCAGAGGGAGCUAGAGAAAGCUGCCCGGGAGAAAGAGCUGAGGGAAGCUGAGGAAAGAAGGAAGAAGGAGGAGCAGCAGAGACAAGCUGAGCAGGAGAAAGCUGCUGCUGCCGCUGCCGCCGCUGCUGCUGCUGCUGCUGCUGCUAAAAUCGUCACCGUGGAGGUUCAGAAAUCACCCAUGAAGUCUCCUGUAGGAAAGGGACCAGGACUGAAUGUGACUGUGGAUGUUGAGAACUCCGUUUUGAAGACUCCAGUAGGAAAGGGACCAGGACUCAAUGUGACUGUGGAUGUUGAGAAGUCUCCACAGUCAUAUGAACUCACUCCAAAAGGGGGGAACAAGCCAGUGGCUGUGAAUGCCAAUCCAGAUGAUUAUGGGAUGGACCAGAACAGUGAUGAUUCUACUGAUGAUGAAUCUGCACCACGGAAACCCAUCCCAUCCUGGGCACAGGGUCGACAGCUCCAGCAGGCCUUGCUGAAUCAGUACUUCAAUCCCGUGGAUGUGGACUCUUACUUUGGGGAGAUUGUGGAGCCAAAACUUGAGGAGAUAUUCAACAAGAGCAAGCCCCGCUACUUCAAACGUACCAGCUCCGCAGUAUGGGACUUGCCUCCACAAGUGGGAACUUACUGAACUAGUCUGUCUGUCUGAUUUUCCAUGUAUGUUGUAUCUCUUAUUCUGUA